AUGUAUGAAGCAGGUAAAACUGCGCAGAUAGAGAGAGAAAUGCAUAAAUACAACAUCCAAAUACUAGGCGUAAGUGAGAGUAGAUGGACUGGAAAUGGGAUGAUAACAACCAAUUCCCAAAACACUAUAGUAUAUUCAGGAAGAGAAGAUAACAACCAUAGAGAAGGUGUAGCAAUCAUCAUGACACCCCAUGCAAAGAAAAGUCUUAUUGAAUGGCUACCAAUAAAUGAAAGACUAAUAACAGCAAGAUUUAAUGGCAGACAUGUAAAAACAUCCAUCAUUGUCUGUUAUGCUCCUACAAACGACGCAGAGGAAGAUUCAAAAGAUAAUUUCUAUCAACAGCUCCAAACAGCCAUUGACAAAGUGCCAGUACAUGACAUACUUUUGAUUAUUGGAGAUUUAAAUGCCAAAGUUGGUUGCUCAAAUGAGGGAAGAGAAAAAUCUAUGGGAAAAUAUGGAUGUGGUACCAUCAAUGAAAAUGGAGAAAGAUUAGCAGAUAUAUGUGAAUUAAACAACUGUGUCAUUGGCGGAACACUUUUUCAACAUAAAGAAAUACACAAAAAAACAUGGAUAUCACCAAAUGGCAGAGACAGUAAUCAAAUAGAUCACAUCAUUAUUAACGGAAAGUGGAGACAUUCACUCGAAAAUGUGGUUGUUCGCAGUGGAGCAGAUGUUGCUUGUGACCAUCAUCUUUUACUAGCAAAAGUAAGAGCUCAUCUUCGGAAAAACACAAAGAAACCAGAAACACCAAGGAAAAGAUAUAAUACAGCAAGACUUAAAGACCCUGCUCCACAGAAGAAAAAAAAUCUAUCACACUGA